UUUCUCUCUUACUUUUGCCGACCAAAGAAAGAAACGAAGAAAAGGAUGAAAGAAUGGAACUUUGAAACGAGUUAACUCACUCGAAUCUCGCUCCUUCUCUUUCCUCAACUUGGGUGUUUGUUUUUUUGGUUUUGAAAAUGCAAGACCUCUUCGGAUCAGUUCGGCGUUCGCUGGUGUUCCGUACAACCCCAGACAAUAUCAACAACACCCAAGAAAACAGCCCCCCGAUUCCAACUACAGCCAAUGCCUUUGUUGAAAAGAUAAAUUCUUGCAUCCGCAAAUCGCGGGUCUUCUCCAAACCUUCCUCUCCUUCGCCUUCUCCUCCUCCGGCGAUCCGAUGGCGGAAAGGGGAGUUGAUUGGUUCUGGUGCCUUUGGCAGGGUUUAUAUGGGCAUGAAUCUUGAUUCUGGAGAGCUUCUCGCUGUCAAAGAGGUUCUAAUUGCAGCAAACAGUGCUUCAAAGGAGAAAGCACAGGCUCAUGUCAGGGAGCUUGAGGAAGAAGUAAAGCUUCUCAAGAAUCUUUCACAUCCGAACAUUGUUAGAUAUUUGGGAACAGUGAGGGAGGAGGAAACCUUAAAUAUUUUGCUCGAAUUCGUCCCUGGUGGAUCUAUUUCAUCACUUUUGGGAAAAUUUGGACCCUUCCCUGAAGCUGUUAUAAGAACAUACACGACUCAGUUAUUAUUGGGCCUCGAGUAUUUACACAACAAUGGCAUUAUGCACAGGGACAUUAAGGGGGCAAACAUCCUGGUAGAUAAUAAAGGAAGCAUUAAACUUGCAGAUUUUGGUGCAUCCAAACAGGUCGUUGAGUUGGCUACUGUUUCUGGUGCCAAGUCUAUGAAGGGUACGCCAUAUUGGAUGGCUCCUGAAGUCAUUUUGCAGACAGGGCAUAGUUUUUCUGCUGAUAUAUGGAGUGUUGGCUGUACGGUGAUUGAAAUGGCCACUGGAAAGCCUCCUUGGAGCCAACAAUACCAAGAGGUUGCUGCACUCUUCUAUGUAGGGACAACAAAGUCUCAUCCGCCUAUUCCAGAGAAUCUUUCUAUUGAGGCAAAAGAUUUUCUGCUGAAAUGUUUGCAAAAGGAACCAGAGUUAAGGCCAGCAGCAUCUGAACUGCUAAAGCAUCCCUUUGUCACUGGAGAAUCCCAGGAGUCUAAUCCCAUUUUGCAUGCUUCAGUCAUGGAGAACUCUGAAAUCACUUCAUCAUUACAUGCCACUAACCACGAAGGCUCUCAAGUUUCAACGUGUCCUGAUUCGGUAGAUAUCUGUAAUUUGGGUAGUCUGAACUGCUCAAACACAUUUGUUGAGAAGUUUUCAGAAAGCAAAGACUCGUGGAGAAUAAACUGCAGUGAGGAUGAUAUGUGUCAGAUUGACAAAGAUCAUUUAGGGCUUUGUUCCUCUUCAAUGCUUGAUAAUGUUAACAAGAGUUCUGAUCCCCUUUGUGAACCUUCUCAUGACUGGAAGAGCAAAUUUGGUGAAGAUCCUGAAACAGUUCCAGUUGGUGGCCCUACAACUUGUGGUAAGGGGGGCAAUGAUUAUUCCUUUACUUGUGGGCCAUCACUCUCAGAAGAUGAUGAUGAACUCACUGAAUCAAAAAUUAGAGCUUUUUUGGAUGAGAAGGCUUUGGAACUAAAGAAGCUGCAAACACCAUUAUAUGAAGAGUUUUACAACAGCUUGAAUGUAGCAUCCUCCCCAAGUUUUAUUGAGAAUAAACGAGAUGAGACACCCCCAAAUUACUUGAAAUUACCUCCCAAAAGCAGGUCCCCAAGUCGUGGUCCUAUUGGCACCCCAUCUUCUGCAGCUGAUGCUAUUGGUACUGGGAGCCCUGGGAGUAAUAAUAGCAGGCGUGUGUCAAAUAUUGGCCAUGCUAGUGACCAAACUUCACAGGACAAUUCAUCACCGCAGCUUAGUGAUUGGAAAGGGCUUCUAGUUGAUGGCCAGCCAGAACCGAGCAGCCCAAGUGUAAUCUCUUCUGAAAGACAUAGGAAGUGGAAAGAAGAGCUUGACCAAGAGCUUGAUAGAAAGCGAGAGAUGCUGCGCCAGGCAGGUGUGGGAGGGAAGACUUCAUCACCUAAGGAUCGAGCCUUAAAUAGGCAGAGAGAUCGGACAAGGUUUGCAUCUCCGGGGAAAUGAGUGCCUGUCAGAGUAAAUGGCGCCUCUUGAGAAGUUUUUUUUUUCCUAUCAAGAGUUAAUUGUAACAGUUACAAUUUCAUUUGGAGUGAGCUUGUUCUGGCUCCCAUGAAAGCGGCAGUGACAUCUCUUGUGCCCUAUGCAAUUUCUCAUUGUUCAACCAGGAAGAUUUGUCCUUUUAGGGGUUAUCUGAUGGUUGAAAUGAGUGCUUGUUCUAUCUGAUGUUUGUUACUCAACAUAUAAAUAGGUGAUGAUACUAUAUAUUUUUUUUAACUUCUUUUUUCCCCCUUCUGGGUGGUUACUGGUUUGAGGGGUUGGGUAUAUGUUUCCUCAAGUUUGUUUGGUGCAUAUAUUUGUACUACUGAUGUAGAAUAAUAAUGAGGAGAUUUUGUGAUUGAGAUA